GUCGUACGCACCGCCAACUCAUUCUACCGGGUUAUUCCUCCAUUCUCCUUACAACCAUGCCAGCUGUUGUAGAUGCUUUCAAGAAUCUCAUCCGCAAACAUCACCACCAUCGGCAUCCUGACUCUGACUCCCAACCAUACACGGCGUCUGUGCCGGAGCCAAGUCACCAGCCUCAGCAUAGACAACAACAACAGCAACAACAACAGCAACAGCAACAACAACAACAGGAGUCGCAACAGCAGGCUAAGCUUCGGGCUGAACAGGAUUCUCGGAAACAUCAGCAGCCUGAGAAACAACAUCAACCUGAGAAGCAGCAGCCUGAGAAUACACCUCAGCCUGAACCCGUGCCUGAUACUCGACAUCCACAAAUCAACAUGACCGAGGAUCGAGAGCCCAAAAUCAAACUGCCCACCUACAAAGGCUUGGAAAACUUCAAGCUAUUGGAUAAGAUGGGAGACGGCGCAUUUUCGAAUGUUUACAAGGCAGUAGAUCUAACAACUGGGCAGACAGUCGCAGUGAAAGUUGUUCGCAAAUUCGAGUUGAAUGCUUCACAGGCCGGCGAUAAACAUCUCAAUGUUCAGUUCAAGAAAAAGCCGCGCGUAACAGAGCGAGCCAAUAUUUUGAAAGAGGUGCAAAUCAUGAGGGGAACAAAUCACCCAUCGAUCGUAAAGUUGAUCUCAUUUUCCGAAUCACAAGAACACUAUUUUCUGGUUAUGGAACUUAUGGAGGGCGGGGAAUUGUUCCACCAGAUCGUCAAACUGACGUAUUUUAGUGAGAAUCUAGCAAGACACGUGAUUCUCCAGGUCGCACAAGGUAUCCGUUAUCUUCACGAAGAACGUGGUGUUGUACAUCGGGACAUCAAACCGGAAAAUCUGUUAUUCGAACGGAUACCUAUCGUUCCUUCAAAAAGUUCCGUACAACGUCCGUAUGAUGAGGAAAAGGAAGAUGAGGGUGAAUUUAUUCCAGGCGUUGGUGGAGGCGGAAUCGGGCGAAUCAAGAUUGCAGACUUUGGCUUAUCAAAAGUGAUCUGGAACGAAGAAACAAUGACGCCAUGCGGAACAGUUGGCUAUACUGCCCCCGAAAUCGUCAAGGAUGAGCGUUAUUCGCAAAGUGUGGACAUGUGGGCACUUGGCUGCGUGCUUUACACACUUCUUUGCGGGUUCCCGCCAUUUUACGACGAGAGUAUCAACGUCUUAACAGAAAAAGUCGCACGGGGUUAUUACACGUUUUUGAGUCCAUGGUGGGAUGACAUCAGCCAUUCUGCGAAGGAUCUCAUUCAACAUUUGUUAUGCGUGGACCCUGCUCAGAGAUAUACCAUAGACGAAUUCCUUGCUCACCCGUGGUGCACCGCCGCUCCUGCCCCACCACCCGUAUCAUCCACUCCUGUUUAUGCCAACUCUCGUCCGCUUGACUCUCCUCUGCUUACCGCUGCUCGUGGUGGCGUUUUAGAGGCCCGUUCUCCUGGUCUCGCAACGCUUAAGGAAGCAUUCGACAUCACCUAUGCAGUCCACCGUAUGGAAGAAGAAGGUGCACGUCGGCGUGCAUACAAUGGUCGUGGCGGCGCCGGUAUCCGAGGAUACCUGCAUGGGCUCAAUGAGAACGAGGAAGACAACGUCGACGACAAAGUCCUCGUACAUGAUGCACGGAACAGGAGAGGGGAGCUCGAAACUCGUGCACCAAUAGCGUUCACCACCUUGGGUGGGUUGCCUGGCGCCGGAGCGAAGACCGUCGCAAAGCGCAAUGUCAUUGGUGGGCCUAAUCAAGCCGAUCGUAGUCUUCUGGACGGUCGCGCUGGCCCAAGAGACCGCGGUCGCCGUCAACCUGGUGGCCAAGGUUUCCAGCUAGACAUGGACAAUGCAACCCUACUUGGUCGUCGCAAUAAAAAGACAAGUCCUGGUAUUGCGGAAUCGAGUCCACUAUCGCACGCUGUCCACAUAGAUGACCACUCGUUUCCGCCUGGAAGUCCUAUGCGGAUCGCCUGAUGAUGUCGGACAUUUUUCUCUUGCCGCGCGUCUCAACAAAUCUCUUUUUGAGUUGCCUGCACUCACCAAUCACUAUAAUAUCUUCAAGCACCAUAGAAUACCUUUUGCCUUGCCCUGCAUUCUCUUCCAGAAAGAACAUUCGCACAUACUGGCACAUACUGAUAAUUAGUUGUCCCAUAAAUGUUACUUUGUUGUCUCUUUAACUGUUGUACCUACCGCAUGCAUACAUUUGUACUUCAUAAACACUGCACUUAUGUAUUACACGCA